AUUCUUAUCAGAAUAAAAGUCCAAUCAGCUGGUUUCAUUUGUAUACAGAAUGUCGCGCAAGAAUGUCUUGAGUUUGAUCAACACGAUCGUGGCCAAUUCCUGCAAGUGCCCCGCCCACUCGCACAAUUAUGGGUCAGCGGCUCCAUCCGCCUCCCAAACGGGUCGCAUGGAAUACGCCUUCGAGAUGUCCGCCUCAACAGUGCGUUUUGGACCCGGUGUGAGUGGCGAAGUGGGAGCCGAUCUUCGCAACUUGGGUGCCCAGAGGGUUUGUUUGGUCACGGACAAGAAUGUGUCCCAGUUGCCAUCGGUGAAAGUGGCCUUGGAUUCACUGGCCCGCCAUGGAAUCAACUACGAGGUCUACGAUGAAACCCGGGUGGAACCCACCGAUGGCAGCAUGUGGCAUGCCGCGGAGUUUGCCCGUGGCAAGGAGUUCGAUGCCUUUCUGGCCAUUGGCGGAGGAUCAGCCAUGGACACGGCCAAGGCAGCCAAUCUGUUUAGCAGUGAUCGGGAGGCUGAGUUUUUGGACUACGUCAACUGUCCGAUUGGCAAGGGCAAGGAGAUAUCUGUUAAGCUGAAGCCUCUGAUUGCCAUGCCCACCACCUCGGGAACCGGAUCUGAAACUACUGGAGUAGCCAUAUUUGACUAUAAGAAAUUGCACGCCAAAACUGGGAUAUCCAGCAAAUACCUGAAGCCUACUUUGGCUCUGAUUGAUCCCCUGCACACCCUGUCGCAGCCGGAACGUGUGAUGGCCUUCGCUGGCUUUGAUGUGUUCUGCCAUGCCCUGGAGAGCUUUACGGCGGUGGACUACAGGGAACGGGGUCCGGCCCCCAGUGAUCCCAGCCUGCGGCCCACGUACCAGGGCAGGAAUCCCGUGUCGGAUGUGUGGGCUCGCUUCGCCCUGGAGGCGAUACGCAAGAACUUUGUGAAUGCCAUUUAUCAGCCCGAUAACUUGGAGGCCCGCUCCCAGAUGCACUUAGCAUCGACGAUGGCGGGCGUGGGCUUCGGCAAUGCCGGAGUGCAUCUGUGCCAUGGACUCUCGUACCCGAUCUCGGGCAAUGUGAGGGACUACAGGCCGCAGGGUUAUCCUGCGGACCACGCCCUCAUUCCCCACGGCCUGUCCGUGGUGAUCAGUGCCCCGGCUGUGUUCGAGUUCACGGCGCCCGCUUGCCCGGAUCGCCACUUGGAGGCUGCCCAGUUGCUGGGAGCAGAGGUGCACGGUGUUCGGAACUCGGACGCCGGUCGACUUUUGGCGGACACUGUACGCGGUUUUAUGCAGCGCGCUGGCAUCGAAAAUGGCCUCCGUGAGCUGGGCUUCUCCAGCAGCGAUGUGCCCGCCUUGGUCGCGGGAACCCUGCCCCAGGAGCGGAUCACUAAGCUGGCACCGAGGGCACAGACUGAGGAAAAUCUGUCGCAAAUCUUCGAGAACUCCAUGCGGGUAUAUUAAUUUAAGAGCUUAACUUACCCACGCUCAACUUGUUCGCUUCAAGAAAAAGUGUGUUAAACUAACGGAUCCGUUGCCAUAAACUGACCAUACUUAAGCUUUUAAAACUCCAGUUUCACGCACAUACAAACUAAGUUUAGAGUGGACCAGUCAUGUCCACAUGUAUAUGAAUACAUGUAUGUGUAUGAAGAGUACUAUUAAAAAUUUUGUACAAAAUCUCUGGCAAUGUGA